CACCGAUUUCGGCCGAUUUUAUGGAAAGGCCAUUUUCCUUGGAUUUUGAAUGCGAUGGAUCACAGAUUCAGCCUUAGGGUACUCUCCACCAACGAUGAAGUCUAGCAAUGGCCAAUUUGGUCGGAAAUUUGGUCGAAUUUUUCCGGAGGGUAUUUUCGUAGUUUUUAGGCGCUUUUUUCGGAAGGCCAUUUUCCAUCGAUUUUGAAGGGGGCAGAUCACGUAUUCAGCCUGAGGCUAUUCUUUAGGGAUGAAUAAGUCUAUUAAACAGGGUUUCAGGCGGAAAACUUCCGGGGCAAUUUUUGCCAGAUUCCAAAGGGGUACCAUCACCGACCGAUUUCGGGCGAUUUUAUGGAAAGUUCAUUUUCCUUGGACUUUGAAUGCGAUGAAUCACAGAUUCGGCCUUAGGGUACUCUCCACCAAAGAUGAAGUCUAGCAAUAGCCGAUUUGGUCGGAAAUUUGGUCGAAUUAUUCAGGAGGGUAUUUUCGUAAUUUUUAGGCGAUUUUUUUGGAAGGCCAUUUUCCUUCGAUUUUGAAGGGUGCAGAUCACGGAUUCAGCCUAAGGCUAUUCUUUAGGGAUGAAUAAGUCUAUUAAACAGGGUUUCGGGCGGAAAACUUCCGGGGCAAUUUUUGCCAGUUUCCAAAGGGGUACCAUCACCGAUUUCUAGCGAUUUUAUGGAAAGUCCAUUUUCCUUGGAUUUUGAAUGCGAUGGAUCACAGAUUAAGCCUUAGGGUACUUUCUACCAACGAUGAAGUCUAGCAAUGGCUGAUUUGGUCGAAAAUUUGUUCGAAUUUUUCUUGAUGGCAUUUUCGUAAUUAUUAGGCGCUUUUUUCGGAAGGCCAUUUUCCUUCGAUUUUGAAGGGUGCAGAUCACGGAUUCAGCCUGAGGCUAUUCUUUAGGGAUGAAUAAGUCUAUUAAACAGGGUUUCGGGCGGAAAACUUUUGGGGCAAUUUUUGCCAGUUUCCAAAAGGGUACCAUUACCGAUUUCGGGCGAUUUUAUGGAAAGUCCAUUUUCGUUGGAUUUUGAAUGCGAUGGAUCACAGGUUCGGCCUUAGGGUACUAUCCACCAAUUAUGAAGUCUAGCAAUGGCCGAUUUGGUCAGAAAUUUGGUCGAAUUAUUCUGGAGGGCAUUUUCGUAAUUUUUAGGCGCUUUUUUCGGAAGGCCACUUUCUUUCGAUUUUGAAGGGUGCAGAUCACGAAUUCAGCCUAAGGCUAUUCUUUAGGGAUGAUUAAGUCUAUUAAACAGGGGUUCGGGCGGAAAACUUCAUGGGCAAUUUUUGCCAGUUUCCAAAGGGGUACCAUCACCGAUUUCGGGCAAUUUUGUGGAAAGUCAAUUUUCCUUGGAUUUUGAAUGCGAUGGAUCACAGAUUCGGCCCUAGGGUACUCUCCACCAAAGAUGAAGUCUAGCAAUGGCCGAUUUGGUCGGAAAUUUAGUGCAAUUUUUACAGAGGGCAUUUUCGUAAUUUUUAGGCACUUUUUUUGAAAAGCCAUUUUCUUUCGAUUUUGGAGGGUGCAGAUCACGGAUUCAGCCUGAGGCUAUUCUUUAGGGAUUAAUAAUUCUAUUAAACAGGGUUUCGGGCGGAAAAUUUCCGGUGCAAUUUUUGCCAGUUUCCAAAGGGGUACCAUCACUUAUUUCGGGCGAUUUUAUGGAAAGUCCAUUUUCCUUGGAUUUUUGAAUGCGAUGGAUCACAAAUUCGGUCUUAGGGUACUCUCCACCAACGAUGAAGUCAAGCAAUGGCCGAUUUGGUCUGAAAUUUGGUCGAAUUUUUUCGGAGGGCAUUUUCGUAAUUUUAAGCACUUUUUUUCGAAAGGCCAUUUUCCUUCGAUUUUGAAGGGUGCAGAUCACGGAUUCAUCCUGAGGCUAUUAUUUAGGGAUGAAUAAGUCUAUUAAACAGGGUUUCGGGCGGAAAAUUUCCGGGGCAAUUUUGGCCAGUUUCCAAAAGGGUACCAUCACCGAUUUCGUGCGAUUUUAUGGAAAGUCCAUUUUCCUUAGAUUUUGAACGCGAUGGAUCACAGAUUUGUCCUUAAGGCACUCUCCACCAAUGAUGAAGUCUAGCAAUGACUGAUUUGGUCUGAAAUUUCCUUGAAUCUUUCCGGAGGGCAUUUUCGUAUUUUUUGGGCGCUUUUUUCGAAAGGCCAUUUUCCUUCGAUUUUGAAUGGUGCAGAUCGCGGAUUUAGCCUGAGGCUAUUCUUUAGGGAUUAAUAAGUCUAUUAAACAGGGUUUUUGGCCGAAAAUUUCAAGGGAAAUUUUUGGUUUUUUCCAAAGGGGUACCAUCACCGAUUUCGGGCGAUUUUAUGGAAAGUACAUUUUCCUUGGAUUUUGAAUGUGAUGGAUCACAUAUUCGGCCUUAGGGUACUCUCACCAACGAUGAAGUCCGGCGAUGGCCGAUUUGGUUGGAAAUUUGGUCGAAUUUUUCCUGAUGGCAUUUUCGUAAUUUUUAGGGGUUUUUUCGAAAGGCCAUUUUCCUUCGAUUUUGAAGGGUGCAAAUCACUGAUUCAACCUUAGGCUAUUCUUUAGGGAUGAAUAAGUCUAUUAAACAGGGUUUCGGGCGGAAAAUAUCCGGAGCAAUUUUUGCCAGUUUCCAAAGGGGUACCAUCACCGAUUUCGGGCGAUUUUAUGGAUUUCCAUUUUCCUUGGAUUUUGAAUGCGAUGGAUCACAGAUUCGGCCUUAGGGUACUCUCCAACAACGAUGAAGUCUAGCAAUGGCCGAUUUGGUCGGAAUUUUGGUCGAAUUUUUCCGGGGGCAUUUUCGUAAUUUUAGGUGCUUUUUUCGAAAGGCCAUUUUUCUUCGAUUCUGAAGGGUGCAGAUCACGGAUUCAUCAUGAGGCUAUUCUUUAGGGAUGAAUAAGUCUAUUAAACAGGGUUUCGGGCAGAAAAUUUCCGGGGCAAUUUUGGCCAGUUUCCAAAGGGGUACACCAUCACCGAUUUCGUGCUAUUUUAUGGAAAGUCCAUUUUCCUUGGAUUUUAAAGGCGAUGGAUCACAGAUUUUUCCUUAAGGUACUCUCCACCAACGAUGAAGUCUAGCAAUGGCAGAUUUGGUCUGAAAUUGCGUCGAAUUUUUCCGGAGGGCAUUUUCGUAAUUUUUGGGCGCUUUUUUCGGAAGGCCAUUUUCCUUCGAUUUUGAAGGGUGCAGAUCACGAAUUUAGCUUGAGGCUAUUCUUUAGGGAUGAAUAAGUCUAUUUAACAGGGUUUUUGGCCGAAAAUUUCCGGGGAAGUUUUUGGCCGAAAAUUUCCGUGGAAAUUUAUGGUUGUUUCCAAAGGGGUACCAUCACCGAUUUCGGCGAUUUUAUGGAAAGUCCAUUUUCGUAAUUUUUCCUUAAGGUACUCUCCACCAAUGAUGGUAGUUAGAAUUGUAAUUUUCUUCAACAUGUUUUACCAUGAUAGUAGAAAGUGAUAAUCAUAUUUAUACUUGUAAUUAGUGUCUUUAACAAUGUAUUAUUUAACGAAAAAUCAUCAUUCAAUUUGAACUGGAAUUAGUUUAGAGAUAGUUAGGAUGGUUAGAUUCAUUUUUGUUGUAGAUGAGAGAGAGAAGAAAUAAUAUAUUUUUUCUUUUAAUAAUAAAAUAAAACAAAGAGUGAGAGAGAGGAGGAACCAGACAACCAGUGUGGGGUGGGGGAGUGGGAUCCGCAUCUGGUCAAAAAGUCACCUUCAGCGCGUCAGCGCAUCAUUAAAUAGGGGUGCAAUUUUACCUUAGUGCCCCUCUAUGUUUAAUUUAAAUAAAAAGAAAAAGAUGACACGUGGGGACAGAUGAUUGGAUUACUGACAAUUACUGAUAGCAAAGAUACUGACAUGAUCUGGUCCCGCCAGAGCCAUAUAAACCCAAUCCAUCUCUUAAAGCAAAAUUGGAACUGCCUCAGCCUGCCCAGUUCACGGCCCGCCAUGUCUAAGCCUAGUUCAGGUAGCCGACAGUGCUGUCUUCAGAAAGCAUCAAGAUCGGAAUCCGUCUCCGACUCGUUCGGUAGCGUCGACGGCGUAGGACGACGCCCAGAGCUGUUGCUUCCUCUGGCGGCGAGCGUGGCGAUUUUGCCCCAUUUCAGCGAGACAGGGAAGUUGUGGAGCGACUUCGGUUGUGGUUUCACCGGUGCCGCGCCAUUGAAGAGAAAAUAAAACCCUUCCUACAGAUUCAUACGCGAUAUACACUGGCCGUGUUCUUACCAAAAAAGGCUCUUUACAAUCUAGCGAUGUACACUAAUUGAUUAUGAACAAAUAAUCGGAAGGUGAGGAGAAACCCUAAGGGGGAGAGAUGUAUCAUCGAUUUGGGGUAAUAGUCCAAUUCGGCUCCCAAUGGGUAAAGGGUUUAAUCUGGCCGGUUGGAUUGCCGGGUUAAGUGGGUUGAUUAGCCAUUUUUUAUUAUUAUUUACACUAACGUGUCAUGCUAACGGGGUGAUCGGCGACAGAGUUUUGGACGGAAUUGGACGGAUUUAUUAUUUUGUUAUUCGCUCAAACUUUUGUUACCGAAACGUGCAAAAUUAAAGGAUUGUUACUGU